AUGAAACCUUGGCAUAAUAGAAUACUUCAUUUAACUAUUAAAAUCACUAUUGUGAUUGCUCUUCUCAUUGAUCCACGUACAACACUUUUAACACCAGAUUUUGAAAUAACUUGUCAAAAAUUUGAUAUUAAUAUAAUAACAACUGAUUUAGAUUCUUAUAUGACAAAUAUAUUAUCACCAUUAUUUUCAUUAUUUGAUAGACAAUGGUCUCAAGCAAAUCGUAUCGAUAAAAUGAAUCUUAAAUCAGCAGGAUAUAUACAACGUAUAAUUCAUACAAUGUGGUUCACACUUCGUACACUUAAACAAAAUGAUCAAAUAUUUAAAAUAUUUAAUCAAACAAUUUUAUGGAAAAAUAAUGAUCAACAAUAUUUACAAUCAUUACAACCACCAACACAAAAUUUAUUACCAAAGAAAAAAAAGAAAAAAACUCUCGUUAAAAUAGGUAGUAAAACAAAAUUAUCACCAAUUUUGAUAGAUCCACCAAUUGAUUCUACACCAGAACAAAUUCUUGAAUAUAUUCUUAAUCGACAAAUAUCAAUAUCACGUGCAAGUAAAUAUUUAGGUGGAAUUAAAUUAGAUUAUUUAAAAUAUUGUUUAUCAUAUAAAAUGAAUUCAUCACUUAUGACUGGUUCAUGUCUUAUACAAUUAAAUAAAUUUAUGCAAUCAAAAUCAACUAUUGAUUGGUUACGUCAUUUACGUUCAUUAUAUUUUUGGUCGUGUGCUAAACAAUUAUUUUUAAGAGAAAUUUAUCAAUUAACUGGUAUAGUAACACGUAAACGUUCAAUGAAUAUAUGCGGAAAUAAUAAUAUGGGUUCAAUAAGAAGUUGUGAUCAACAAUCACCUGUAAUUUUUUGGACAGCUUUUGAAGAUAUUCAUCUAAUUCAAUUAGAUAAUGAAUCAAUUAUUGAUGAUAAACAAUGGCAUGAAGAUUUUCAACAAUAUUUAAUUGAUAAUGAAAUUAAUCAUGAAAAAGCUCAAUUAUGGACUAUUGAUACAUUUGAAUUUCCAUUAACAAAAAAUUCGACUAUACUUCAAUUACCUGAAUGGAAUGAAUUACGUCCAAUGAAUUUAACACCAAAAGUAACUGUAAUAUAUGCAUUUUCUAAUGAUGGUCAAUCAACUGAACCAUAUUUUAUUUUUCCUAAUACACUUCGAGAUAAUACAAUAAAUAAUGAACAAAAUUCAUAUAAUGAUUUAGGUCAUUUAACACCACAAAUAUUUCUUUCUUGGAUUGAAAAAUAUCUUAUACAAAAAGAUCAUUUACCAAUUGUUCUUAUAUUUUGUUCUCGUUUACCUAUACUAUCACCAAUAGUUUUAUCUUCACUUGAACAAUAUAAAAUCUAUCCAUUUGGAUAUCCAUUUACACGUACAUUACCAUUUCGUUAUUUAUUUGAACGUCGUGUACGUAAUAAUCGUUCAACAAAUUUAAUGAGUGAAUUAUGGAAAAAAAAAUUAUUAGAUGAACAACGUACACAUGUAUUAAAAGGUUUAAAUUGUACAGUUAAAAAUAUAAAAUAUUAUUUUGAACAAAUAUGGCCAUUAUUAAUUACUGAAAAACGUGAUGAUGAUGAUGAAAAUAAAACAUUUAAAGAUAAAUGUCAACAAGCAUUUCAACAAGCAAAUAUACAAUUAAUAAUAAAUAAAAAAGAAAAUUUUUAUGAAAAAAAACUUCAAAUAAUAUCACCAAAUAAAAAUCAAAAGAAAAUUAUAAAUACAAAUGAAAUUGUUGAUCAACUUAAUCAUUUAUUAAAUGUUAUUAUUCAAGUUAAAGAACAAAUUAAUUCAACACAAAUUCUUAAAAUUAAAAAUAAUGAUUCAUUAAUUUCAUCAACAUCGAAUGAGGCUUUAGAGAAUAUUAAUCUUAGUCAUUUAUUAUCAACAUUACCUGAACAAAUUCAAACAAUAAAUACAAUUGAAAUAAAUAAUAGUUCAAUUUUAACAUCAAUUAAUGAUAAACGACCAAGUGAUGAAAAUGAUGAACCACGUACAAUAAAACGUUUUCGUUCAUCAUUUUCACAAUCGACUUAUCCAACAACAACAACAACAAAUAUUAUUCAAUGGAUUCCACCAUCAAAACAAUUAGUGACACAUAUACAAUCUCAAUCAUCAUCAUUAUUUCAAUUUAUUCUAUCACUUGUACAUAUAAUAUUAAAUUCAACUGAAAAUCAUCUUACAGAUGAACAUUGUUGUUGGUUACAUAAAACAAUUAAUAAUUAUGAUCAUAAUUAUAAUAUUGAUAAACUAAAUCUUCUCAUUGAAACAGCAUGUAUAGUAAUAAUGUCAAAUUUAAGAGAUAAAAUUUCAUGGAAAAAUUUAAAACAAAUUUAUGAUACAAUUGGAAAUAAUCUUAAUCUUCGACAAUUAUUUUUUGACGAUUUUAAACGUUUUGAACAUUAUUCAUUAGAAAUUAAUACACCUGAUGGUCCAUUUUUAUUUGAUUAUUCAAAAAAUUUAAUUAAUAAAGAUAUUUUACGAGAAUUAUUUUCUUUAUGUCGAGAAUGCCAAAUUGAAGAACAACGUACAAAAAUGUUUCAAGGUGAAUUAAUUAAUUUUACAGAAAAACGUGCUGUUUUACAUACUGCUUUACGUACACCAAAAGAUGGAAAAGAAGUUUUAGUUGAUGGGAAAAAUGUUUUACUUGAUAUUCAUCGAGUUUUAGAACAAAUGAAACAUUUUUCUGAAUCGAUUCGAAAUGGCCAAUGGAAAGGUUAUACUGGAAAAACAAUAACAGAUGUUGUUAAUAUUGGUAUUGGUGGAUCAGACCUUGGUCCAUUAAUGGUUACAGAAGCAUUGAAACCAUAUGCAAAAAAUGGUCCACAUGUUCAUUUUAUUUCAAAUAUUGAUGGUACACAUUUAUGUGAAACUGUAUCAAAAUUAUCACCUGAAACAACAUUAUUUAUAAUAGCAUCAAAAACUUUUACAACACAAGAAACUAUAACAAAUGCUGAAUCAGCUAAAGAGUGGUUUCUUAAUCAAGCUAAAGAUUUAAAAUAUGUUGCAAAACAUUUUGUUGCUUUAUCAACAAAUACACAAAAAGUAACGGAAUUUGGUAUAGCUAAAGAAAAUAUGUUUGAAUUUUGGGAUUGGGUUGGUGGUCGUUAUUCAUUAUGGUCAGCUAUUGGUCUUUCUAUUGUAUGUGCUAUUGGUUUUGAUAAUUUUCAACAAUUAUUAGCCGGUGCUCAUGCUAUGGAUAAACAUUUUCAAGAAAUGCCAUUAGAAAAAAAUUUACCAGUUAUUAUGGCUAUACUCGGUAUAUGGUAUAAUAACUUUUUUACAGCUGAAACACAUGCUAUUUUACCUUAUGAUCAAUAUAUGCAUCGUUUUUCAGCUUAUUUUCAACAAGGUGAUAUGGAAAGUAAUGGAAAAUAUCGAACAAAAGAAGGUAAACAAGUUGAUUAUACAACUGGACCAAUUAUUUGGGGAGAACCUGGUACAAAUGGUCAACAUGCAUUUUAUCAAUUAAUUCAUCAAGGUACAAAAUUAAUUCCAUGUGAUUUUAUAGCAACAAUUGAAACACAAAAUCCUAUACGUGAUAAUCUUCAUCAUAAAAUAUUAUUAGCUAAUUUUCUUGCACAAACUGAAGCUUUAAUGCGUGGUUUAACUGAAGAUGAAGUACGAUUAAAUAAUAAUAAUUCAACUGAUCAACUUCUUAUUUAUCAUAAAGCAUUUCGUGGUAAUCGACCAACAAAUUCAUUUAUUUUGCCACGUAUAACACCAUUUACAUUGGGAAUGUUAAUUGCUGCAUAUGAACAUAAAAUAUUUGUACAAGGACAAAUAUGGAAUAUUAAUUCAUAUGAUCAAUUUGGUGUUGAACUUGGUAAACAAUUAGCUAAAGUUAUUCUACCAGAAUUAGAUGCUAAUCAAUCGGUUACAGCUCAUGAUUCAUCAACUAAUGGUUUAAUUAAUUUUAUUAAUAAAUAUAGAAAAUGGACAUCAAAUAAUAAAUAA